GAACCUUCAGAAGCCAAUUAGUAACCAACAACUGAUCUACAUUAUCUUAUUCCCUAGACAUUGAAUUACUUGGUUGCUUGCUUGGCCGCCGAGAAAAUUUCACCCUUAGCUCUCCUCUAUAUAAGGAGCCUCCAGAGAAUUUUAAGUGGCAAAUUAAAAAGAAAAGGGCAGAUCCAAUUAAGAUGGGAGAAGAAGUGAAGGUACUGGGAUUGUUGGCUAGCCCUUUCAGUCAGAGGGUGGAGAUUGCCCUUAAACUCAAAGGCAUACCCUACGACAGCAUAGAAGAAGAAGACAUACAUGGGAACAAAAGCGAGUUGCUGCUGAAGUCGAACCCGGUUCACAAGAAGAUUCCGGUUUUCUUCCAUGCCGGAAAACCCAUCGCCGAGUCGCUUGUGAUUCUUGAGUACGUGGAUGAGACAUGGAAGACCAAUCCCAUCUUGCCUCAAGACCCAUAUCAGAGAGCCAUGGCUCGUUUCUGGGCUAAGUUCAUUGAUGAAAAGUGUAUGUUUCCGAUUUGGAAAGCUUAUCAUGGUGAUGACCAAGCGUUGGAAGAAGCGCAUGGUUAUCUAGAAAUACUUGAAAAUGAGCUCGAAGAUAAGAGAUUCUUUGGAGGAGAGUCAAUUGGAUUGGUGGAUAUAGUUGCCAGCUUCAUAGGCUACUGGAUGGGAGUAAUUCAAGAAACACAAACAAUAAAAUUGUUGACAAAUAAAAAGUAUCCCAAAUUAUACAAAUGGUCUGAAGAGUUUGUCGGUGCUGUCAAGGAGAAUCUGCCUCCUAGGGAUAAACUAGUUGCUUACUACAAAGCUCACUUCGAGGCUACUCAUGGUUCUAAAUAAAUAUCAAUGGUUUUGUGUAAUUUUCUAUAUAUGUCCUAUAAUAAAUAUGGAGUAAGUUUUGAUGAGGUGUUAUAUUGAGUUUAGCUUAUUAAUAUUUCUACUUGUUAAAUGAAUCAUGUAUUAUGUCAUAUGCUUAUAGCAUAUUAUGUUUUUCUGCUUAUUAAAUGAAUCAUGUACGAAGUCAUAUGCUUACCGCAUAUUAUGUUUUUCUAUUUUGUUUUAUGCAUUUUUUAUAUAAAUGUGUUCUGAGUAUACAUAAUGAAGGAGUACUUCACUUAUUUUUUCUUAA